AGAGGUUUCAUCUGGUUCACAAUGCAGCUGCAGAGCUGUUGAUCAAAACAUCCAGUCGUGACUCCCAUUUGGCGGGGUCAAAAGCAUUUUGCCAGCUACCACUCAAAUACCCGGGCAGAAUUCCAAGGGCUUGGUUUCUAAAAACCCUCUUUAAAUCCUAAAAGACUCUGGAACCAGGGCCAUUGGGCAGACUGCCUGGGUUUCAAUCACCAUUAGGAAAAACGUUUGCAAUUACCUUGAUAGAAAGCCUUCUUCGACAUCUCCUCCUUCCCCCCGCCGUUUGACCACAGGCUGGUUGGGAAGCAUGGGAGUUGUAUUUUUGCCAGUCUCGAGGGCUAAAAUUUGGUUGGACGGCUCCUCCACAGAGGAAACAAGACAUGGGGAAAAGAUGGAUGUACGUUACAAUCUGGGUAGGUUUUAUUACAGACUCAACGGUACCGGGACCAAGUCCUUGCUCCAGAUGCAUGGUGCCUAUUGAAAAGCUCUCCCCAAAAGUCAAUCUCUCCCUCCCUUCCUCCCCCUGUCCAGGAGGGAGCCCCCUUUGCCCCGAGGGGACCUCAUUUAAAGCUAAACGUGUUCUUGCUUGGGAACGGUUGUUAAGCCAGGUUGUUAGGGCAGCAGAUGUCAAGAGACUCAGCUCCGUAGAUGAUUGUAACCAUCUAUGAACGUGUUCCUCCCUGGGAAAUGAGGGGCCCAGAGGAAACCCCCUCGGGCACUCUGCUUCCCUGGCCCAGGUUGCUUAGCAUCACUGGGGUACCAGCCAGCCAGCGAGAGAAGCAGAUCCUAUUUCCUGUUGCCUGCCAAACAUCUCGGCCACUUGCAGGACCGCGCUGCCCUGCAGAGUCUCGCCACAGAAGGAGAUCGGGAAGAAGAGGUGGCGCAGGAGAAUUAUGAGUUCAGAGGCUGCCGAGCUGGAACUGCCCUUGGUCCAAGACGUCCAGCUAACCAAGUGCAUGAGAAUCCGGGUGAAGAGCCUCCAGCACAAGAACGAGAAGCCUCAGGACGGCGAGAAACUCCUCCAGGCAAACGAAUUCAUUUUCCGAGUGGAUUUCUCUCGCCAGCACGGCCUCCGUUUCCUGCGCUGGAAUGUGGCCCUGGACAAGCCAGGCAAGGCCACCGUCACUGGAACUUCUCAGCACUGGACCCCGGACUUGACCAACCUUAUGCGAAGGCAGCUCCUGGAACCGGUUGGGGUUUUUUGGAAGAAGCCGGAGGCGCAGGAAGUGGAGUGCGAUGAAGCUGAUGCUCUGGAGUUUGGAGAGCGGCUGGUGGAGCUGGCCAAAAUUCGGAAGGUGAUGUAUUUCCUGGUGGCCUUCGCCGAUGGUCUCGAGCCAGCUCACCUCAAAUGCUCGGUGACAUUCAGAGUCUGAAUUCUGUCCUCUUUGGCACCCCCCCCCCCGAAAUGUUCUGCUUUCAUUCUCCUGCUUUGGGCUCUGCGGCU